GAGAAAGCUCAAGAAGAUGCAACUGCUCUGCCACAGCAUCCCGACAGAGGUGUAGACACAUUUCAUUUUUUUCUUGCAGAUUCUUCCUCUUUAUAGGUCCUCUUUAUAAGCGCAGUGGACUUAUAGGAUAACUUGAGCUCUCCGACUGAAAGGUGCAGACAGGCAACAGCUGGGCUGACUGAUCUGAAGCUCCAUGGAUCUCAGCGUCACCUGGACUUGAUCCCUCCUUACUGAGCAGCUGCCGGUGAUUGCAACUCUUCAUUUCUACUUAUCUGGGAUUACACACCUGAAACUUGCAUUGUUGGAGUGAGCUCUUUUAGUCUUCCCAGACUGCACUAUUGUCUAUGGGAGAGGCAUCGCUUGGAAAAGGGGGGGCCGCUUUUGCUGUAAAUGUGUGUGCCCGCCACCGGCACUGGACUGUCAACCUCAAAGUCUCCUCUCGCACCUGCUGAGAGCCCCUGGAAGCCACCUGUUGUGCCGCUGGGAUGGUGUGACCUCCAGGCAGCUGUUGGCCGUCCCACAUCUGGGUCAAGAUGCCGGUGAUGAAGGGCCUCCUGGCCCCACAGAACACUUUCCUGGAUACUAUUGCUACGCGCUUCGAUGGCACCCACAGUAAUUUCCUGUUGGGUAACGCCCAGGGCCACCGAGGCUACCCCAUCGUCUACUGCUCAGACGGCUUCUGUGAACUGACGGGGUUCACGAGGACUGAGGUGAUGCAGAAGAACUGCAGCUGCCGCUUCCUGUACGGGGCUGACACCAGCGAGCAUGUGGCCCAGCAGAUGGAGAAGGCUCUGGAGGGCAGAGAGGAGUACCAGGCCGAGGUCCACUUCUACAAGAAGAAUGGUGCGGCCUUCUGGUGUCUGUUAGACAUCGUGCCCAUAAAGAACGAGAAGGGAGAAAUGGUCCUCUUCCUCUUCUCAUUCAAGGACAUCACUGACACCUAUGGAAGGAGCAACCACAACAGUAAGAUGGAGGGUUCAGAGGACAAGCGGCGCAGGAGGAAGAGCAGCUCUCACUUCAGCGAGGCCAGGAAGCGUGGACGCACCAUGUUGUACCACCUGACCAGCCAUUUCUCGAGGGGAGGCAAAGGAGAGGUCAACUUGGGUGGCAGCAUCAUUGAAAAGCCUUCGAUACCAGAGUACAAGGUGGCAGCAGUGCAGAAGUCUCGCUUCAUUCUGCUCCACUACAGUGUGUCCAAAGCCCUGUGGGACUGGUUAAUUCUUAUAGCCACUUUCUACGUGGCUGUCACCGUGCCCUACAACGUCAGCUUCACUCCACAUGAUGAUACCACCACAGAUGCACGCUCCACUGUCACCACUGACAUUGUAGUGGAAUUCCUCUUCAUUAUAGACAUCAUCCUGAACUUCCGCACCACCUAUGUGAGCCAGUCAGGGCAGGUGGUGUAUGACUCGCGCUCCAUUUGCAUUCAUUACGCCACCACCUGGUUCUUUGUGGACCUUGUGGCUGCCCUGCCUAUUGAUCUGCUGUAUGCCGUCCACAUCUCAGUGACCUCCUUGGUCCACCUGCUCAAGACUGUGCGCCUGCUGCGCCUCCUUCGUCUGCUUCAGAAACUGGAACGCUACUCUCAGUACAGCUCCAUGGUGCUGACCUUACUAAUGUCGGUGUUUGCCCUGCUCGCACAUUGGAUGGCCUGCAUCUGGUACAUGAUUGGACACAUGGAGAUGGAGAACAAUGGGACCUGGCACAUUGGUUGGCUCCAUGAACUGGGCAAACGUCUGGAAACGCCUUACAUCAACAGCACAGUGGGCGGCCCGACGGUGCGCAGCUCCUACAUCGCUGCCCUUUACUUUACCCUCAGCAGCCUGACCAGUGUGGGCUUUGGCAAUGUCUGUGCCAACACCAAUGCCGAGAAGAUCUUCUCCAUCUGCACCAUGCUUGUCGGCGCUCUGAUGCACGCACUGGUGUUUGGUAACGUGACGGCCAUCAUCCAGCGUAUGUAUUCGCGGCGUUCUCUCUACCACACACGCAUGAAGGACCUGAAGGACUUCAUCCGUGUCCACCAUCUGCCCCAGCAGCUCAAACAACGCAUGCUGGAGUACUUCCAGACGACAUGGUCUGUCAACAAUGGUAUAGAUGCCAACGAGCUCCUGCAUGACUUCCCUGAUGAGCUGCGGGCCGACAUCGCCAUGCAGCUGAAUAAGGACAUCCUCCAGCUGCCGGUCUUUACGGGGGCCAGUCGAGGCUGUCUGCGCUCGCUCUCCCUCCAUAUAAAAACCUCCUUCUGCGUCCCUGGGGAGUACCUCAUUCGUCAGGGGGACGCGCUGCAUGCCAACUACUUCGUCUGCUCUGGGUCUCUGGAGGUGCUAAAAGACACCACGGUGCUAGCAAUAUUAGGAAAAGGGGACCUGAUUGGGUCUGACCUGCCUGGAACAGACCAAGUUAUCAAGACCAAUGCUGACGUGAAGGCGUUGACCUACUGUGACCUCCAGUAUAUCAGUGUGCGUGGCCUGAAAGACGUCCUGGGACUCUACCCCGAGUACGCCAGUGUGUUCGCCUCAGACAUUCACAACAACCUCACCUACAACCUGCGUGAGGGCAGCCAGAGCGAGGGCCUCGGCAGGUUUUCAAGGUCACCAAGGCUUUCCCAUGACUCCAGGCUCCCCUCUAUUGUGGAAACACAGGGUGAUGACUCUGACAACUCCUUCCACCUCUCCCCAGCUACCCGCUCCCGUCGCAAUCUCCUGCUGCCCAGCUUCAGCAGCCCCGUUCGCCGCACGUCCCUGGGGAACCUCCUGGGGGAUGAGUUGAGGCAGUUCAACGCCCUGCGACGUUGCCGUUCACCAAAUCUCAGCCGUGGUCUCCACGGGCCGAGCUCAUCCCCUCAGCCACCAUCGAAAAAAGAGCACAGCACCCCUGCAGCCACCUCUGCCUCAACGUCAACCCAGGAAGAGUCAGGGGCUGAGCAAAAGCCUUCAAAGCUGCUCAUCCCAACUGUCACCUGCUUCGGACCCCCAGAUCUCAGUCCGAGGGUCGUGGACGGCAUCGAAGACAAUGGCCACACGUUCCAUUUCAACGUGGAGCACACCGGGCCUAGAGCCAGCACAGGAGGCAGCACCCAAGACUCCACUCAGGCUAAUGCGACUCUGCUGCUGGAGACGGAGGAAGUCAGACAGAGCAUCAGUCAACUCAACAACAAGAUGGGAACCCUAAACCAGGAAGUAUCGGAGCUCACCAGGGGCCUGCACCACCUGAUGCAUCUCCUCCAGGCCCACGUGUCUGUGCAUCACUACAAAGCCUCCCUCACUUCAUACCCGUAUGGCGUCCAAAUGGUGUCCAGCCCUCCCACAGCCCCCAACUCAGGCAUGUCCUUUAACUUAGCCUCAACCUGCCACCUUCACAACGAUCCUGGGAGCCAUGACGGUCACAUCCACCAAAGUGUCCCACCCACUGGCCAUCGGAGCUGCAGUGGGGCUGCUGAAACCCAAACAGAGACACACCUAUGGCCUCAAUCCUCCAGUCCGCCCCUCUCUGUAAACUCUGCACCUCGAUUAGGCCCGUGUCAUGGCUCUGAGAGCGUGACCACACAUCAGUGGACCAGCCCAAAUCUUCUUAGUGUCAGCCCAGGCUUCCAGGGUGGAAGAAGUCCAGGCCUUGCACCUCAUGCUGGGCAUGAAGUCUCUGACAACAGACCUCUCAGUACUAGUCUGACCGCCAUCAGCCAGUCCCAGCCCACUUUGUGCCUGCGGCCUCCCAGUGAUAGUGAUGAAUACGCUUGUCUUUUGUCCAGUGCCCCUACAAGUACAUCCACACACAGCCUGCUGGACUCAUCAUCCAGUUCUUACACCUCCAUCUUCCAAAUGGAGGACUCGCACCCCUCAAUCCACCCAGUGUCUGCUUCUCCACCCCUGUUGCCGGACCACCCUCUUGGAUCCUCCCUGGAUUCAGGAUCACCGCAAUUGCAUGCUCUCGAGCCCCACCUUACACUCUGCGACCCAUCUUCCAUAGAACACACCAGUCUGGAGUGCCUGCUGGGAAAAGGGGGCUCUACGGAGAGCAGGGACAGUGAGAGCACAUCAUCACAAAGGUCAAGCAUUGGCGUCCAGACUCAGAGCACAGAACAGUCGUGGUGUCUGGACCUCACAGAUUAAACUGCACAGGUUUCAGGGCUCAGACUCACUGCAUUCACUGCAACUGGAAAAAAGAAAAAAACAGAAACAUUAUUAAAAGUUAUUGACAUGCAUCUUCUUGUUUAAAAAGAGACUCUGCUGGAGAUUGUCAUUGUGUGCUGUAUUUUCCCUCUUGAUUCCUGGGCUCUCAUAUUUGUGAAACUCCACGCAAUUUACACCAUUUCUAUGCAAAAGCAUGCCAUUCGUGCAUAUUCCUGGCUUUACUAAAGUGUGUCUUUAAAAAAUACAAAACAUUUCCACAAGAGUGGGUUUAAGUAUAUACUGUAUAUUUUAUCCAACAACCUCAGAGCAAUUUGCAGUUGAUAAUACCUGUUACCUUCUUGCAUGGUAAAGUUGUUUAUUCUUUUUCCUAAGGAAAAGGUUUCCAAAUCAAUGUGUAAGCAUUCUACAUGACAACCUGUUGACUGUGUACACAGAUAUACUGUAUUUGUAAGGCAAAUAGGUCAGAGUGGUUGGAUGUUUUAAUAUACCAAGGGCCAAAAAUGACACGCUUCACCUUGCAUAUAAGGAACAGACUAUGUGCAUCACACAACAUUGAUUGUUUAUUGUUUUAAAUUGAAUUUGAAGCUUGAAUUUAAAUGUCUUUUUUUCAGUUCAGCAUUUUUUAUUUAUAAUUCCACUGAACAUCUCCAAUUGUAUGCUCUUCUGAAGAUCCUUCAGGAGAUUUUAAUACAUUUCCUGUUUUCCUCACCAAGUCAUUAAAGAUUGCGCUGUUGAAUA